AUGUUUAGUCUCAUACAACUUUGCCUAUCUGCCUUUAGAUCUAAUUUGGCUUCAUUGCUGCCAUCUAACCACUACGCUUCGGUGGCCGUCACUGAUCGGUGCAACUUGAGACGUCGCACUAACGAGCUGGGAGAUGUGAUUGAAGGUGAACGAAAUCCAACGUAUUCGCCAAUGCCGCAUCGAGCAUCGGAUAUCAAUGUCGAACGGAAACCAAGCGAACUUUCUGGGCCUCAGACCAAUGUAUCUCGACUGAACUGCCUUCCGGGAUAUGAAAUUCCCGGGAUUUGGAGUCCAUACGAUCCUCCAUCUCUAGAUUAUCCAACAAAUUCCAGUCAUAAUCGGCCAUUGUCUUGGCGCAAGCGAAUUUACGAAUUCUUCAGUGCUCCUGUGACUCGGUUUUAUCUACACGUGAUUCUCUACCUAGUCUUUCUGGUCCUGUUUAUCGGUUUGUGUAUACAUACGUUGCCUCCGGAUCAGUGGUCCUGGCUCGAGCUAUACGUUUAUCUGCAUAUUGUGACCUAUUUGUUGGACAAAUUCCGUGAGGUCACCUUGAUUCGAGGCACAAACUAUUUUCAAAAGAUGCGUGUUCAUUUGGGUGCCUUUUGGAACGUUUACGACACUGUGAUGUGUACUUUAUCCGUAAUCGGAAUCAUGAUACGUUACAUGGGAAUGAUUGAUCCGUCAUUUUACAUGUGGGGCAAAAACCUGCUGAUUCUGUGCUGUGCGAUUUGGCAAAUGCGCUUUCUCGAACUGAUGCAAAUCUGGCGAUUUUCCGGGCCGUACAUCUAUAUGCUCCUAAAAAUGAUUCGCGUCAUGGUUCCAAUGUUGUCGUUGCUAUUUCUUCCAUUGAUUGCUUUCGGCACUGUACGUGAGGGAAUCAUGUAUCCCAAUAGGUCUGAAAUCGGCAUUGAGGGAAUCAAGGGUAUCAUGCUCAAACCCUAUUUCAUGCUGUACGGUGAAGUAUAUGCCGGAGAGAUCGAUCCCGAUUUACCUAGUCUAACUACCAUUGUAUUCCUUUUUCAGCUGUUGACUGGCCCGAAGAAUCCAAAACAGCGCCCCUGUUNGAUCUACCUACUCUAUUCGAUCAUCCUAUUUAUCAGUGUGAUUAUCGCCACCUUCAACGAUAUCUUUGCACAUGUGCGUGAACAGUCCGAGCUGGUGUACAACUUCUUACGCUAUGCUGUCAUUAUUGAGUACGAAUCACGUCCACUUCUACCUCCACCGUUCAUCAUAAUCUCAUGGAUCCAUCUGUUUGCACGCUAUCUCUAUCGGUACGUUUCUUCAUCCCCUUUUUCGGCUUAA